AUGGCUACGGUCCCGGCUGCUGAUGCCCAGAAACGCCCGAUCUGGGCAAUCUUUGGCGUGGAUCUCCUCUCCGCUACAUGCGCCUCGGCCCUCGUCUCACCAUGGGUCACGGCAAUUGACAUCGUCGUGGUGCGCAAGGCGGCUACAGGAGCUUCACUAGGCACAACCAUACGGUCCUUUCUUUCCAGACCUAAGAUGCCACCAGUUGGAGGAAUCAUCAUUCCAUUCCUCGUCUACUUUGGAACAUACUCGACUGCCAACUUGUGUGAUUCCAUAUACGCCGCCUCAAACGACCUGGACAUUACCACAAUAUCCUCCACCAUGCCCAAGUUCCUUGCCACAACCGCCGUCAGCACAGGACUUUGCGUCUACAAGGAUGGAUAUUUUGCGAAUCUUCUUGGAACUUCGGCCCUUAAAGCAGCUGUUCCACGCCGGAGCUUUGCUCUAUUUACGGCAAGAGACGCCGUUACCGUCUUUGCAUCAUUCAACAUGCCAAGCAUCAUCGCGCCCAAGCUACAUCAACUUCCCGUAAAUGGCCCACUAUCCUCGCUUGUCAGCUCGGAGGAGGCAAGCUUGCGAACGGCGCAGAUGAUCAUGCCAGCUGCUAUUCAGGUCGUCAGCACACCGAUUCAUCUUUUGGGCUUGGACUACAAUAAUCGACAAGAGAAGCUGCCGUUUAAGGGGAGGCUAGCUGCCAUCAGGCAGCAUGUUCACGUUGCAACCCCCCUACGGAUGAUGCGCAUCAUUCCAGCUUUUGGAAUCGGCAGUGUGGCCAACACCAGUUUUAGACGAUCAAUGCUAUCCAGUUUUCCCUGA